AUGGCUAAGCCCAGCGUCUUGUUUGUCUGCGUUCACAACGCUGGCCGCUCCCAAAUGGCCGCCGGCUACCUCAUUCAUCUUGCUGGCGACACUAUUGAAGUCCGCUCUGCCGGGUCGGCCCCAGCCGACUCCAUCAAUCCCAUGGUUGUUGAAGCUAUGCGCGAAGAGGGCAUCGACCUCAGCAACCAAACCCCCAAGAUCCUCACGGCCGACGCGGUUCAAGCCAGCGAUGUUGUCAUCACUAUGGGUUGCGGCGAUGCGUGCCCCUUCUUCGCUGGCAAGCGCUACCUCGACUGGCAACUUGACGAUCCCGCCGGGCAAGGCUUAGAUGCUGUACGGACCAUCCGUCACGAAAUUCGUCACCGUAUCGAGGGACUCAUCAUCGAACUCCAGUCUUCCUUCUGA